AUGAAACAUUACCAGCAUCAGGAAGCUUCACAUUCUCUGCCCUCAUUUUGUGUGUGUGUGUGUGCUGUGGUCAAACAUUGCUCCCGGCUCUGGGAAUAUUUAAAUGACUCACUGAUUUGUUUUAUGGAAUGUGAAUAAUGAUCGAGCAGGAGGGUUUCCCCCGAACUUUUUCCGCGUGUUGCUGACAGUUGGUGUGAUUGACGGCUGAACCAUGGGGACGCAGAUCCGCUUCUCUUCGUGCUGGCAUAGUUUUUUAAAAUGUUUUAAAAAGCCGAACCAAUCUGAACCUGAUUCAAAGCGUCAGGAAAAGGGUAUCACUGUUUUUGUAAAUUCCGCUGCUGACAGUAAAGCAGAUCCAGACUUUCAUUCGAAACGCUCCUUACCGCCGCUCCCAGCCGGGGGGCCCGGGGAUCUUUAUAUCGCCCUGUAUGACUACACCGCCCGUACCGAGGAGGACCUGAGCUUCAGUACCGGGGACACGUUAGAGGCUCUGGAUAAAAGCGCUGGGGACUGGUGGUUUGCCAAAGCCCUCAACGGGGUCUCGGCGUCCAAAAAGGGAUACAUCCCGGCGAACUAUGUGGCUCCUGUGGAGAGUAUUGAUGCAGAACCAUGGUAUUUUCCCGACACCAAGCGGCUGGAUGCAGAGAAGAUGCUGCUGGCAGAGGGGAACCAGCAAGGAGCCUUCCUCAUCAGGAACUGUGAGAGUCAGAAAGGCGAGCGCUCCCUCUCAGUGCUGGACUGUGGGAAGGUGAAGCAUUACAAGCUGAAAAAACUGGAGAAUGGUCACAUGUUCAUAUCGAGGACCCAAUCCUUCCUUACUGUACAGGAGUUGGUGGCUCAUUAUUCCCAGCAGGCCGAUGGCCUCUGUGUGCGUCUGGGAGAGCCUUGCAAAAAGAUGGAGGCUCCACAGACUCAUGGCCUCUCCUACAACACCGUGGACCAAUGGGAGAUUGAUCGAAAAUCCAUCAAUUUGCAAAAGAAGCUUGGUGCCGGACAGUUUGGAGAAGUGUUCGAAGGCCUGUGGAACGAAACCACAGUGGUCGCAGUGAAGACCCUCAAACCUGGAACCAUGGACCCUGAGGACUUCCUGAGAGAGGCUCAGAUCAUGAAGAGGCUGAGACAUGCCAAGCUGAUCCAACUGUACGCUGUGUGCACCAUGGAGCAGCCCAUCUACAUCAUCACUGAGCUGAUGAAGAACGGCAGCCUGCAGGAUUACCUCCAAAAGGAUAAGGGCACGACGCUGGGUAUCUCUGACCAGAUAGAGAUGGCUGCCCAAGUGGCGUCGGGCAUGGCUUAUCUGGAGCUUCAGAACUACAUCCACAGAGACCUGGCAGCCAGGAACGUGCUGGUGGGAGAGAACAACAUCUGCAAGGUGGCCGACUUUGGCCUCGCCAGGGUCUUCAUGAAAGAGAAUGAAAAUGUGUAUGAAGCCAAAGAAGGAUCUAAAUUCCCUGUGAAGUGGACCGCUCCAGAAGCCAUGCACGACAACAAGUUCAGCAUUAAAUCAGAUGUUUGGUCCUUUGGAGUUCUGCUGUAUGAGAUCAUGACAUUUGGACAGAUGCCUUACCCCGCCAUGUCAAAUUACCAGGUGGUUCAGAGGGUUCCCCAGGGCUACAGGAUGUCAUGCCCACCCAACUGCCCCAAAGUCAUGUAUGACAUGAUGACGGACUGCUGGAAGCAGGACGAGCAGGACCGACCCACAUUCGAGACGCUGCAGUGGAAGCUAGAGGACUUCUUCGACAUGGACGUCACCUCGUACGAUGAUGCCGGCCGGUACUAGCACACUGACCAGGCUGCGAGACAUGGAGAGAAAGACACAAAAACACGAUUCUUUCUGCACUGAAAAUAAAUCAAAAUCACCUGAAUCCGAACAUGAACCAGUUAACAGAUCAAAGGCUAAUCUGAAUGUCCGCUCAUUGCGGUCAACUGAAGGAUCUAAAAUGUGUGAUCUGCAUGUGAUGAAUCACAGGGUGUAUCUGGAUGCAGCAGCAGUUGGUGAGGACCUGGACACUUUGUAAGACAACUCAAAGCACUUCAGACCAGCUGCUGUAACUAAAGCACUCAAUUGGAGCAGAGACAGAGAGUUGCUAUCCGGCCAUCUCCCCCAACUGGUUCUUCCUGCUGAAAGGAAUGUGUGCCAUACAUUCUUUCCAUUGCCGAGCUGCCUGCCAUAAGUCAAGAGUCACUUCUGACACGCUCCAUCAGUUCGGCUUUGUGUCUGCUCAGAGUGAGUGGCAGGUGCCCUCCUCUGCACCCAUUCCUAAAUGCAUAACUUCCAGAAAUGAUUUAAGGUUAUUUAAAGGAAGGACACUGUCAUUGGUCCCAGCUAAAGGGGCACAGUAAAUAAAAAGAUAACACUCUAAACUGCUUGCACAAAGCUACUUCACUGUCAAGGCCAGCCCAGGGCCUUGAUUAUAUAAUGAAAUAGUUUCACUCAAGCCUUUGUACCCUGUAAGACAGGUGCAAGAGUUGAAAUGAGGUACGGAUGUGGUCCAGCUUCUACCAAGCCCUGAGGUGUCUUGAAAAACGGAAUGACCUACUAUACAUUUACUACAUGAUAUUAAAAUUGUAACUAAUAAUUAAAGCAGCUUAGAAUGAAUUAUAAACAACAUAUUAGUAAGCUUGGUCAUUACUCUUCUUCAGCCUACCCUCUUUUAGCUUGGUUUUGUUCUGAAAAGAUGUCUGGGUAUUUGAAAAUACUCCAUGGUUUUAUUUUUUUGCUGAAACGGCUUCCUGCUGCAUUUGAAAUUGUUGAUUAGUCAAUAACUAAUGCAUAUUUUUUAGCAAUUAAAGUGUUAUCUUUGACACCCCUUGAAAGGUGUUAAAGAUUGUUUAAUAUAAUACCCUUGUAAUUUGAUUAUUAUGAUUGCGCGCAGGAGUUACUUAUUUCUCCUUUAAUACCUGGCCCACUACUUUUUUCUAGGUCCCCAAAUCUCCCAGCCUGCCCCUGGGAUAAUGACCCGCAGACUGAACAAUGUCACGCUGUGUGCCUUGAUUUUUAGGAAGUAUUUCUUCAUCAUGUUGUCAGAUCCACGUUCUUCCUCUGGCUCAACAUGCAGUGGCACAGUGGACGAUUUCAGGCUCUGAUGGCUCUGAAUGAUGUCUUGGUCUAAUGAACAAAAUAUUUAAAUAGUAAAUCACAUAUAUGUCAGUGUUUAUGUAAUCCUGUGUUUUACAUUAUUAAAUUACUUUUACCUACUAUGA